AUGUCCCUCCCAAAGAGAAUCAUCAAGGAAACAGAACGACUAGCAGCGGACCCAGCACCCGGAAUCUCCGCGUCGCCACAUGAGGACAAUUUGCGGUAUUUCGAUGUGACGAUCGCCGGCCCUGGUGGGUCUCCAUUCGAAGGCGGUGCAUUCAAGCUCGAGUUGUUCUUGCCUGAAGAGUACCCUAUGAGCCCACCCAAAGUCCGGUUUUUGACCAAGAUUUAUCAUCCGAAUAUUGAUAAACUUGGUCGAAUCUGUUUGGACAUUCUCAAGGACAAGUGGUCUCCAGCGCUCCAGAUUCGCACGGUGCUCUUGUCGAUACAAGCGCUGUUGUCUGCCCCGAAUCCUGACGACCCACUCGCGACUGACGUUGCCAAGCACUACAAGGAGAACGAAUCGGAUGCGAUUAGAGUGAGCAAGGAGUGGACAGAGAAGUACGCUCAUUAG